UAGUUAGUGUGGAUGUGGGAGCUGUGAUGGAUGAAGGCGCGGUUCCGGCGGUUCGGCGCUCGAGCGCCGCGGCUCUGGCGUCCGUCCGAACCGGAACCAUCGAAUCUCUGACGGACCUGGAGGAUCUGGAGCGAGUUUACGCGCAGCUUUGUGCUGAGGAGGAGGAAGUGCACAAUGUGCUGGAGGUUCUCUCUGCGCAGCAGGGCUCCAUCGAGACCAAGAUGCUGGCUCUGCAGAGGAUCGGGCCGAACCUGCAGCUGAUUGAGGGAGACUCCACGCAGUUAUCUGGGAUGAUCAGGUUCACGUGCAGCCUGGCUGAGAAUGUCAGCAGCAAAGUCAGACAGCUGGACCUCACUAAGAAAAGGCUGUACCAGGCGAUCCAGCGUGCUGAUGAUAUUCUGGAUCUGAAGUUCUGCACUGACGGCGUUCAGACCGCCCUCCGUAACCAGGACUACGAACAAGCCGCAGCCCACAUCCACCGCUACCUGUCUCUCGACCAGUCCGUAAUUGAGCUGAGCAGGCAGGGUGGAGAGAGCACCGCAGUUGAAGCCAGUCUCGCUUUGCUGCAGGAGGCAGAGCUUAGUUUGAAAGCACUGGUUACUAAGCGACUAGAGGAAGCGGUUGCUGCGAGUGACCUGCCUCAGGUGGAACGCUUCUUUAAAAUCCUCCCUCUGCUGGGCCUUCACGAGCAGGGACUCGCACAGUUUGCCAAGUACCUCUGCAGUCAGUUGGCGAGUAAAGCGGAGGAGAAUCUGCUCCUGGCCGUGGGUUCGGAUCUCAGUGACCGUCGCGCGCCGCUGAUCUUUGCCGACACGCUCACACUGCUGCUGGAGGGUAUCGCGCGGAUCGUGGAGACGCACCAGCCCAUAGUGGAGACGUACUAUGGCCCGGGCCGACUCCACACACUCCUCACACACCUUCAGAAAGAGUGUGACACACAGGCGCAGAAAGUGGUGGAGAAGUUUAUCCAGCAGAGAGGCUAUCGCAGCAAAUUCCAGGUGAUUCAGAGCAACAUGAUGAGAGGCGGCAUGUCUACGGAGAAGAUCGAACCGAGGGAGCUGGACCCGGUGUUAUGUGAGGUCACCCUGAUGAACUCGAGAGCCGAACUGUACCUGCGCUUCCUGAAACGGCGCAUCACGGCAGAUUUCGAGGUCGCAGACGCGACAACGGCCGAGUCAGUGAUCCGAGAGCACCAGCAGUGUUUAGAGCGACUGCUGAAGGAUUGUCAGCUCAGCUGCACCAUGCAGGAGCUGAUCGGUUACUACAUCCCCAUGGAGGAGUACUACAUGAGAGAGACUGUGAAUAAGGCGGUCGCCAUGGAUACGGCCGAGGCGGGGCAGCUGAGUUCCAGCAUGGUGGAUGAUGUGUUUUACAUCGUGAAGAAGUGCAUCAGCCGUGCGCUGACCAGCGGCAGCUCGGACUGUGUGUGCGCGAUGAUCAAUCACUCCAUCAGCGUACUCGAGACCGAUUUCAGGGAAGUGCUGGUGACUAAACUGAGAGCCGGUUUUCCAGCCAGCACUCUGCAGGAUCUGCAUCGUGGUGUCACCAGCGCCGUGAGUCUGAUGCAGAGCAGCUUGCAGCAGGGCAAAAUCCAAUCUCUGGGCAUCGAGAGUCAGGAACAAGCCAAGAUGGCGUAUCUGGUGACGCUGAAUAAUGUGCAGGUCUGCAGUGAGAACAUCAGCACUCUGAAGAAGAACCUGGAGAGCGAUUGUGCCAAGUUGUUCAGCCAGGUGGCAGGCUCUGAACAAGCCCAGGCUAAGAUAGACAGCUGUCUGUCUGAUCUGGUGAACACCUCCAGCAAGCUCAAGGAUCUCCUCCAGGAGGGUCUUCAGGAGCUGAAUAACACGGCUAUCAGACCGCAGGUGAAGCCGUGGAUCAGCAGCUUCCUGUCUGUUUCACACAAUAUUGAAGAGGAGGAGUUCAGUGAGUACGAGGCGAACGAUCCAUGGGUUCAGCAGCUGGUCGUGCAGCUGGAGCAGCUCAUGGCCGAGUUUAAGGCCGGCUUGUCUCCUGUCAUCUACGACACUCUGACCAGCCUGAUGACGAGUCUGAUCGCCAUGGAGCUGGAGAAGACCGUCUUCAAGUGCACCUUCAGCAGGCUGGGCGGUCUGCAGUUCGAUAAGGAGUUGCGAUCUCUGGUGGCUUAUCUCUCCUCUGUCACCUCGUGGACGAUUCGGGAUAAAUUCGCUCGUCUGACUCAGAUCGCGACCGUCCUUAACCUGGAGCGGGUGUCAGAGAUCCUGGAUUACUGGGGCCCGAACUCGGGGCCCCUGACGUGGCGUCUGACUCCGGCUGAGGUUCGGCAGGUCCUGGCGCUCAGAGUGGACUUUCGCAGCGAAGACAUCAAACGACUCCGCCUUUAAUCCGGCGCUGAAGCUUAACGCAUCGUUUCCUGUUAUUUAUGAUUAUUAUCAUGGAACAUAAAGCUGAAGAGAAUAGAAUUAGGGAUGAAAUUUGUAUAAUAUUCUGAUUAAAUCGUGUUAUUGGGUUUACAGUAAAGCUGUGACGGUAUGAACGUCUUCUGAAUCUGUUUAUAGCAAAAAGGGAAAGAAAUAAAACUUGUGUUUUUUAAGAAA